CCGUGGCUGUGUGGUAGCAGUGAUCUUCCCUGGUGAUAGAUCGAGGCUGACAGCAGGGACUUUACCCUCUGCAGCACCUCGCUAGUUUAGAGUUCACCUCGGUUAGCUCUGUUUUCGUAACGUGUUUCACUGAGUUCCUGUUGCCUAACCUGUGCCCUGUGCUGUUGAAAUGCUAAUAAUCUGAGUUUUAUGGCAGAACUAGAUAGUGUUACAAAAAAUAAAUAUUUAAUGAGGAAAACGUCACAUCCUGGGGAGCUCAUUGCACCAGUGUUGCACCAUCAGGAACCGUCAACUUUUUUUCUCUCUCUUUUUUUAACGUUAGGUAUGCAGUUGAUUCUCUACACUCACGCUUCUGUCUGUAGUAACAACUUCCGCUUUACUCAAUGUGUUACAGUUGGCCACACCAUCAUCAUCUCUGACAUCCCUGACCGUGACAGGAGGUCUAACUGUACCAGGUAACACAGCACAGCCAUGAGGGGACUUUGGGGCGGAGCGGCUGCGUUAGGCUCGGUGUCCGUGGCGUUUGGUUCGAUGCUGUGGUCACAGCAGAAGACUAAACCGGAAAAGGCUGCUACGGGUUCCAACCGUGCUGACACGAACGCUGAUUCCCCAUACGAGCUAAAGCUGGUCCAGAUCUUGUUCCGGCACGGUGCCCGAACACCCCUAAAGUCAAUACCUGAUGUUAUGGAGGCCCAGUGGGUGCCAACGCUUUUGGAGCCCCCGCCGCACACCAGCAUCGACUAUGUAGUGACAGAUCUUCAGGGUGGCCCCAGGCCCCCGGCUCCUAUAGAAGACAGCUAUCGGAAAAACAUACUUAGUGGUGGCACAUUCCCUGGUCAGCUGACCACACUGGGCAUGCAGCAACUGUAUGAGUUGGGCAAAAGACUAAGGGGGAGAUACAUUGAAGAAAGCAAUUUCCUUACCUCCACAUUUAACCCAGCUGAGGUCUACGUGCGCUCCACUAAUAUUGUGAGGACCAUUGAGUCUGCCAAGUGCCUGGUUGCAGGGCUCUUCCAGCAAAAACAAAAAGCAAUUGUGCCUAUUUUAACAUCGGAGGCCGAAUCUGAAAUCCUGUAUCCUAACUAUCACGGAUGCAAGAUGCUUAAAAUCCUUUGCGGCCACCGCUGGGCAGAGUCGACCACUCUGCCAGACAUCGCGGCAGACCUGCAGAGCAUCCAGAGCGAGCUGGGGAUCGCUGCUCACCAGAAAGUUGACUUCAUCCUCAUUAGGGAUGACAUGGUUGCCAGAGAGACACACGGCCUGCCCUGCCCUCAAGUGCUCGACACCUGGAGGGAUAAAGUGGAACAAAGAGCCGUGGAUAUGAUGUGCCAUAUCUUCGAGCCCAGCAAGAGAGAGAGCUUGCAGCUGUCUGUGGGACCUCUCCUGCACAUGUUGGUGGACAACAUCGAGGAGAAACUACAGGGCACCUCAUCACAGCCAAGCAGGAAGGUGUUUUUGUACUCCGCACAUGACACCACUCUGAUUCCUUGUCUCUUGGCUUUGGGGAUUUUUGACAUGAGAUGGCCACCGUAUGCCGCUGAUCUCACUGUGGAGCUGCACCAGAACCGGAAAACUAAUGAGGCCUUUGUUAAAGUGUCAUAUGUAGGCGAGGAUCAACUCAUACGGGGUUGUAGUGCAGUCUACUGCCCCCUGGAGGAGUUCAAACAGGUCCUCUACACGUACUCGCUGAGCCCUGAAGACUACCACUCGCACUGCAACAGAACCGUAGGCCCGACCGAACCCUGAACCUUGAGCAAGCCUUCGCAUCGGCACACCGCUGACAGCCAGCACGCAUCAUGCCUUUUUAACGUCCGCAAUCCUCUCUCCAUCCAGCCAGCAUCAGUCAUUAUCAUCUCACUGUCAGAGCAUGCUGGAGUACAGCCACUUUUGUAGAGCUUUCGGGUUACACCGCUUGCUUUCAGGAGUCAACAUCAUCUUGUUACCAUGGCAAUCACAUUAAAGGUGCUAUAAAUGACAUUUUGAAGCACUGAAUGGUGCACUAGAGCACUGGCAUCUAAGACCAAAACAAUCA